AUGGUAUCGGAGAGUUCUCCAAGGAACGGAGUGGCACCGCCGCUGCCUGCGAGGCCGCUGACUUUUCGGAGGAAUUGCGGCGACCAAGUUUCCGUUUCAUCACCCACGAAGGUGUACAUCGAGACCAACGCAAGGUCCCCGCACUACAGCCCCAACGAUGAGACAAGGAAGAGGCUACGUUACGACGAUUUUCUGGACGACAAAGUGAGAUUAAUUAAAGUGUUGGAGCAAACGUGCUGGCUCUGUAUCAAAACAGUGCUGCAGGAUGGUGAAAUUGAGGUCCAGGAUCUUGUGGCAUUUAUCGACGGUGACAGCAGCGACUCAGGUCACCUGUACGAGUCCCUGGAGCCAGCCCCAACUCACCCCGCACACGCUGCACACGUGCCGCACGCGGGCCACGCGAGUUCUGCACUACAUGCACUGCCCCUUGAGGAUGAUUUCGACUCCUUCGACAGCGACACCGACUCCGAAGAUCAUGAUAAAUCCCCGAAUACGAACUCCGCGCCAGCGGUGCCUUCAACGAGGCUUCCUUCACCGCCUAUUGGGGGAGGUCCCUACACCCUCACGAAAAUUGCCAGCGCUGCUCAGAAGAAAAUGAGACAAAUCAAACGCAACCUCACUAAACGAUACUCAGUUGCUAUGGACGGCAAAACGUUAACAAAGUCAUCGCAACCGAACGGGACCUACGAUACGCCGAAAACGAAAACGAAAGCGCCCAUCUACGCCAACUGCGAGAAGUCGGAAGUGCAUCACGUUUACGCGAAUAUCUCCUUCAACGAUUCGAAAAACAUGCUCAAUAAGACUGAGAAUCCUAUGACAAAGAUCACUGGAAAUUUCAAAGAGGAACUGAAGACUGUUAUUGGGGAAAAGAGACACAGCAAUGGUGACGUUCCUCCCCCAUUGCCAGAGAAGCCGCCACCAGAAAAACUAACGAUACCAACUAACGAUAGUAAAAAGGACUCCGGCACUCUGUCGAGGAAGACAUACUUUUCAUUCAAGUCUCGGUUCAGGAGAGCUUCGUCUUUGGCAGUGGACGUAAACUCGGACGUGCCCAGCGCUCUCAAGAUCACCAACUCGACCUUCUACUUGAAUGAUUCGAUGGACGGUGAUUCCGGCUUCAGCAAUUGCAGCGAUAGCGGCGCUGCGAGUGCGGAGACGCUGUCGGCGUCGUCUCGGCGACGUGACGGUACGCGCGCGUGGGCCGAGUCGUCGCCGUGCCUGGCGCCCGCGCCGCUGGAGCGGCCCGCGCAGCCGCCCCCGCCGCCCCCCACCGCCCCGCAUGUCGCGCACACGCACACUGACCUUAGCGCUGUCAACGAAGAAUUAAAGCGGCUCCUACCGACGCUGUCCCGCAAGGACAAGAGUCCUAGAGCCCGGACCUCGUGGUACGCUGAAUGUGGCGCCGAUUCUUCUUCACAGACGCUAGUAACAACGCCUUCUUCUUGGUACGCGGAAGCGGGCUUGUAUCAAGCGGGUAAUAUCUCAUCGUCAUCGGGUGCAUCAUCCGGAUCCCACCCGGCCUCACCUCUCCCGCACUCGCUGUUCACGCACGAGCCCCUUUACCAGUUUUACAACGCGGCGAAAGUAGAGUCGACGUGCCGUGAGAGCGGCGACUCGGACUCGGACGGGUACGAGGCGGGCGCGGCGCCGGCGCGGCCGUCCGCCAUGGCGCUGGUGGCGCCGCGCGGGCCCGCGCGCACGCUCUGGUGCGAGGUGCCCGAGGUGCUCAACUCCGCCGUGCUCAGUUCGCUAGCUCCAGCGCAAAAACGCCUGCAAGAGGCGAAGUUCGAAGUGUUGACGUCUGAAGCUUCUUACCUAAACUCGCUGAAUGUCUUGGAGGCGCAUUUUAUAUCGCACCCCGCAUUCCGCGACCCACAAGUGCUGCCUCCGGAAGAUUGGGAAGCGCUAUUCGGUUCCAUAUUGCCAGUGCGCAGAUGCUCGCAGAUGCUGAUGGGUGACCUGGAGAAGUGCUGGCAGGAGAAUAUCUUGCUGCAGGACAUCUGCGACAUCGUGCGGCGGCACGCGGAGGCGCGCUUCCACGUGUACGUGAAGUACUGCGAGCAGCAGGCCGCCAUGGUGCGCACCCUGCAGCGCCUUCGCGACCGCCCCGUCUUCGCUGCAGCACUGCACAGGCUGGAGAGCCACCCGGCGUGCCAGAGCCUGUCGCUGCACUCGUUCCUGCUGCUGCCCAUGCAGCGCGUGACGCGGCUGCCGCUGCUGCUGGACGCCGUGCUGCGCUCGCUGCAGCCCGCCGAUCGCGAGCACGACGCCUGCGUGCUGGCGCUCGCCACGCUCAACCACUUCGUGUCGCAGUGUAACGAGGGAGCGCGCAAUACCGAGCGUAUUGAAGAGAUGUUCCGACUGGCCAAAGCGAUCGAGUUCCCGCCACAAGUUCGCGAUCCACCUUUAUUAGGACCCGCCUGCUCGCGGAGAGAUCGCAAACCGGUUAGAUGGCUGGUACGGUCCGGCGAAGUAACACAUCUGAUAUGGAAAGCAGACGAACUGAAGCUGACAUUCGGCAAGAAGUUCCACAAGGUGCAGCUGUAUCUCUUCCUGUUCAACGAUCUGCUCGUCAUCACUAAAAAGAAAGGGGAGGAAUCGUUCAUGGCGGUGGAUUGGUGUGCGCGCUCGCUGCUGGAGACUUGCGGCGGCGAGGCGGCGCCGCCGGCCGCCAAGCACGCCAUGCUGCUCACGCUGCUCGAGAACCGCGACGCGCGCACCGUCGAGAUGCUGGUGUCGUGCGCGAGCGAGACGGAGGCGCGGCGCUGGGGCGAGGCGCUGGCGCCGCCGCGGGCGCGCGCGGGCGAGGCGGUGUACGCGGGCUGGGACUGCCCGCAGGUGGCCGCGCUACACGCCUACGCGCCCGCGCAGCCCGACGAGCUGCCGCUCGCCGAGGGCGACAUCGUCAACGUCACGCGCAAGACCAGCGAGGGUUGGUACUACGGCGAACGAACGCGGGACGGCGAAGCGGGCUGGUUCCCGGGCUCGUACACUGUGGAGAUCGCGUCGGCGCACGUGCGAGCGCGCAACUUGCGCCAGCGCUACCGCCUGCUCGCGCUCUCCGGCACCUACCUCGGCAACAGGAAGCGCGCCGCGUGA